AUGAGUUCAGACGACAAGAUACACAAGAACAAGCUGAUCCUUCGUGGGAUCAAGCAGAGCAGCCCGCUGGGCACUGGUCUCUUCCUAGGCCUUCGCAGUCUUGACCCAGUACUUCAAUAUGGUCUCCUUGCCAAAGGCAUCGCCGCCGGUGCCAUCCACAAGCUGGGUGGAAAGACACUGGCCCAAGGUCCGCCUGUCGUCACGAACACGUUCCUCGACCGUCUCGCUCUAUCACCCUACCGAUUGAUCCUCCUCGGCAUGGCUGCAGGCAGCGCCAUCAAGCAGAACUACUGGCUGGUCGGCAUCUGUCAGGAGGAAUUUCCACCCUUGUCCGCCAUUGAAGUCUCGGUCUUCAACUCUGUCUUCAACUCUGUCAACUCCCUACUCUUCACCUGCUCCAUGACCUCUGCUUCGGUCAACGGCGAACACUUCCCACAGACUCCUCUGUUAGUCGGCUCUGCCCUGUAUCUCGUUGGCAUCUUCACAGAGACCUUUUCCGAAUGGCAGAGACUACAAUUCAAGAAGAACCCCGCAAACAAGGGCAAGGUCUAUACCGGAGGUCUGUUCCGCUUUGCAAGACACAUCAACUAUGCCGGAUAUACACUGUGGCGUGCUGGGUAUGCUUUAGCAGCCGGUGGGUGGACCUGGGGUGCCAUCGUUGGCGCCUUCUUCUCGUACAACUUCAUCUCAGAUGGAAUACCCGAACUCAAUAGAUACUGUCAAGAGAGGUACGGCGAACAAUGGCAGAAUUACAGAAAACAGACUCCCUACAAGCUGUUCCCGUACAUUUACUGA